AAUGAUGUCAUAUAAAAAAGAACAGAGGGAGUAUAAAUACAAGCAGUCCGUGCAGAUCCAAGGUCAGCAGGCCGUGCCGGUGCCACCUCGAGAACGCAAGUCGCGAGCUUUGGAGCCAUCUCAGGAGGGAGGACGAGGCUACGUCCAGGAGGCUCGGCAGAAGAUCGCCGGGGACAGCGCGCGCCAUGAAGCUCGCGGAGCGGGGCGACGAGCCGGAGUCGGAGCGGCGGCGCGGGUACAAGGGCGUGCGGCGGCGGCGCUGGGGCAAGUGGGUGUCGGAGAUCCGGGUGCCCGGCACGCGGGAGCGCCUGUGGCUCGGCUCCUACGCCACGCCCGAGGCCGCCGUCGUCGCGCACGGCACCGCCGUCUACCUCCUCCGCGGCGGGACCGGCGCGGGCGCCGCCGCCGCCGCCGGCGACGUCGCGGCGCUCAACUUUCCCGAGCGCGCGGCGGCCGCGUACGGCGCGGGCCGGCUGUCGCCGCGGUCCGUGCAGCGCGUGGCGUCUGACGCCGGCAUGGCCGCCGACGCGCAGCUCGUGGCGGCGCGGGACAGCGCGCCAGCGCACAGGCACGCGGAUCGUCGCACCGGCAUUGCCAGCGCGCAAGGCGGCGGCGCGAGCGCGCGACCGCGCUAUCAGGACGCUGGCGCGUACACGAGCCAAGCGCGUGCUACCAGGAACAGUGCGGGCGCGAGCAGGGAGCAGCAGCCUGUCUCCGGGGAGAUUAGCGUGGAUGACAUAGAGAUUCUGGUGUAAUAACUAGUCAAAAUAAAGAUAGAACUGAAAUUAACUGCGCAAUGAAUAACUUUUUUGGCACGUACAGUGCCAUUGCCGAAUCCAAAUGCAUGAAUAAACCAGAUG